UGAUCGUCAACAACGAAUCUUGUUUACGUAAUAAUACUUUUUUUUUUGUUUUCGCUCUAAAUUUUUGGACAUGAACAAAGUAAGAAAAUUUGUGUUGACAACGUGGCGUCCAGUGUUGCGAAAAGUUACCCGUAUGUGUUGUGAUGCAAAGGUAAAGAAUCUUGUGGCGUUUCCAGAUGUCAAUAUUGGCGAAGGAAAGCUCAAAUAUAUUCUUGCCAAGGUGUACGUACAUGGCGAAAUGGGCCAGUCAAAGACUGUAAUACGUGGUGUAUCUCGGGUCAAAUACCAUCUCGAUGUCUAUGAUCAGUUGCAAAAGGAGGCCAAUAAGCUAGAUCUAUGCACACAGUGCCUGGGCGGUGGUAUAAUGGUUCAUGACAACGAUAAGCAUUAUAUCAAGAUUUAUGGUCGCUCUCAGACAUUGGGCAGAGCUGAUCAUCACGAGGCCAGAGAGGUAUUGCACGAACAUGACAAGUAUUCAUCGUAUAAAAUUGAUGCUGAAUCUGGUGGACAGGAUGCUUGAAAUUGGUUUAAAUUUUCGAAAUUAACUGUAUUUCGAUUCCGACCACAACAAUUCAUUAAUGUUAAUAAA